AUGAUUAGGAAGGGUGUUGAGCUAUUUUAUUUGAAGAAUGCUCCAUGGACACCUCCUUCAAAAUAUCACUUAAAAUGUUUUAUAAGACUAUAUCAUAAAAAUAUUAUUAAGAAAGAAAAAAUAAUAAGAAAAAGAUUCUCAUAUGAAUAUAUAAAUGAUGAUGAAAAUUUUUUAUUUAAUAAAUAUAGUUGUGUAAAUUCUUUAGUUAAUUAUUACUAUGUUAAUAAAAAAUUUGAAGAAAUAAAUUUAUUAAUUAAAAAUAAACAAGAUGAUGGCAAAUAUAUUGAUGAGAUUAUUAAUAUAUUGUAUAUUCUUUGUGUAAAGGGUAAUAUUAGUAUACUAGAUAGAAGAAUAAAAUAUUAUGUUUCUUAUAUUUUAUCAUAUAUCAAUGAAUAUAUGGAAGCAUUGUCUGAUGAUAAAAAUAAAAAUAUAAACAAGAGACAACAUAAUGAUAUAAAUAAAGAUAUUACGAAUAAUUUUUUUGAACACAUGGGCACAGAUGCUAAUUGUUAUAAUCCUCAUAAUAUAUAUAAUAAUGUUAAUAUAAAAGAAGACAAUACAAUUAUUAAUAAUAAGAAAAAAUUUAUUAGUAUUAAGAGUUAUUUGUUAUUUCUUAAUAUUUUAAAAGUAUUAGAUAUGAAAAAUGAUUUUAAUAUAUUCUUAAAAUAUAUAAGUGAAAAUAUUCAUUUUUUUUCUAUAGAUAUUAUUCACAAAAUAGCCUUUAGUUAUGACAUAAAACAUAUGGAUAUUAUAAACAAUAAUGAUAAUAAUAAAAUAUUUUUUAAAGAAAUAUUAGACUAUAUAUAUACAUUAAUACAAUAUAAUCCUUCUAUAUAUUUUAUAAAAAUGAAAAGCGUUAAUUUAUGUAUUAAUAUAUGUAGUAACUAUUUUUUUGAAAAAAAAUAUAAACCAGAAAAAAAAACGUAUGAAUAUAAUGAAGAUAUUAUUUAUAUGUAUAAUUUAAAUUAUAUAUAUAUAAAUCAUAUUAUAACAUUUAAUAAUUUAAUACUUGAAUAUAAUACAAAAAAUCAAAUAAAACAUGAUAAUUCAGGUAAUAUAUAUAAAGAAAAAACUGAAUGUGCAUUUAAUAAGAGUAAUAAAAUUAUAACAAACAAAUCGGAUAUAUUAACAAACAGUGUUCAAUCUAAAUCACAAUAUAGAAAUGAAUGUAUAAAUUCAAACAACAAUUUAAAUAUUAUAAAUGAAAAAUGUAAGGACUAUAUUAAUGACUUUUAUUUUAAUUAUUAUAUGAUUGAUACUAUAUAUAUUUUAUAUAAUUAUUAUACAAAUUUAUUAAGGAAAAAAAAAAUAAUAAACAAAAUAAAAAUAACAAACCAAAACGAUAAACAAAAGGAAGAACAUUUCUUUUUGUUUAUACCAGAUGUAAAAAAUAAUAUUACGAAUAUUUUGUUACAUUUUAUUUAUAUUAUACAUAUUAACCUAAAUAGGAAUCAACAAAAAAUUAAAAAUAAAAAAAUUAUACAAGCAUUAGAAAGAGUUUUAAAAUUAAGCUAUCAAUUUAGACAUACAUCAUUUAAUUAUGAAUCUUUUGUAUUAAAUUAUUGUAACAUGUUAUUAGUUAGUAAACUUGAUCUUUCUUUAAUUGAUAAUAUAAAAAUAUUAACAAUAUUUAAACAUAUAAUUACACCACGCAAGAAGGCGGAUCUACAACAUAUAGAAACGAAAGAAAAAAAACAAAGAAUAGAUAAUGCAUUAAAUAUAUGUCAAGAAACAGAAAAAAAAAAAAAAAAAAAAAAAUUAAAUGACAAUAAGAUCAUGUAUCUUACAGAAGAAAAUGAAAAUAAAAAUGAAAUAUAUGAUAGAGAAAAUAAUAAAUAUAUUGAACAAACCAUUUUACAUAUAAAACAAUCGAACAUUUCUAAUAUAAAAGAAAAUAAUUUCGAAUUAUAUGAUAUAAAUAAACAUUUGGAUAAUAUGAUAAAACUAGUGUGUAGUAAUUUAAAAACGUGUGUACAUAAUUCAAGUGGUAAUGACAUAUGUAUGUUAAUUCCUCUAAUUUAUGAAUUUCAUAAAUAUAUGGAUGAUGAAUUAAAAAAUAUAUUAAUAGUUCAAAUUACUUGUAAUAAACAUAAUAUAAAUGAAAAUAAUAUAAUAAAUAUACUUCGAGUAUUUUAUAAAAUAAAAUAUAGAAAUGAUAUGUUGGAUCAAUUUUUUUAUAACCACAAGAACUUUAAUUUUAAUGAUAAUUAUGUGGUUAAUGAACAACAAAGUGAUCAGAAAAAUAUAUAUAUGUGUUCUUGUCCAAAGAAUUUUUUUUUAUUCUUUUAUUAUAAAAGUAAAAAUAAUUUAUUCAAUUAUAAAGAUAUGUAUUAUAUUGAAAAUUAUAUACAACAUAAUUUCUUAGAAAUGAAUAUAAAAGAUUUUCUUCUUCUAUUAUUAAUUUAUUAUAAAAAUAAAGUUUUCUUAUUACCACAAUUAUUAAUCAAAAUCCUUUCCAUUGUUAAUAAUGGAAAAAAAUUAAUAACGCAAAAAGAAUUAUUAUUCUGCUUAUAUUUAUUCUCAAAAAAUUAUUAUCAUUUGUCAAACGAUCAUAGUGAAUGGAUAGAUCAUAAUGAUAAAAAUACACAUUUAAUCAGAAAAAUUAACUUAUUUAGAAAAACCCAUUAUAAUCAAGAACAUAUCAACCAUUUUGUCAACUUAAUUAAUGAUUUAUUUUAUUUUAUUUAUAAUGAAAAAAAAAUUAAUUAUCCACCUGAACAAGUCAGGCAUUUGUUGGAAGAAGAAGAAAAAAAAAAAAAAAAAAUUAUAAAUAAUAAUAAUAAUAAUAAUAAUAAAAAGAUAAUAAUAAUAAAUAAAAACAGCCAAAAUGGUGAGCUAGCCAAAAUGAUGAAAGAUGAGACAAAUAAUAACAAUAUGAGUUAUGAAUUAUAUGAAGAAGAGGAAUAUAAUAUUGAAUUAAAUCAAAAAAGUAAUAAUAUAAAUUCUAUUGAUGAAUAUAAGAUAAAUUUUAACAUAUUAAAAACAAAUUUGAUAAUGAUGAAAAUAUUAUAUAAUUUAUAUUAUGCUUAUUUUUCUUCAUUAUUUGAGAAAAGAAAAAGACAAGAAAAAAAUAUUCUGAACAGUCAUCACGAAAAAUUAUUGAAUCAUUUAUAUGUAUGUUUUAAUGAAAAUUAUUCAAAAAAUGUUGAAGAAAUUAAGGAGGUAGCACCUUUGUUAUAUUAUUUUACAUAUUUUAAUUUAUAUUCAUCUUUUUAUUUCGAAAGACAAAUCUCAUAUAUAUUUAUGAAUAAUAUAAUAGAUGAGCGAUUAAUAAAAUAUGUAAUGCUCAGUCACGUGUGUGUAAAAAAAAUUAUUCCACAUGAAAUCAAAGGUGUAAUAAAAAAAUAUGUGUUUGAAAAUUUUGAACAUUUUAGUGAUUCUUUUAAAAUAUUAUGUUUUAGAUUAAGUCACCACUUUUUGGAUGUAUCGAAUGGUGUACCUCUCACUGGGGAGAAUAAUAAUGUGGUGAUAGAUAAUAAUGUUGGAACAAAUAAUAAUGUUGGAACAAAUAAUAAUGUGGACAUAUCAAUAUUUAAUCAUCUAUUAAAUAAUUUGUUAACAAAUUUAGAUCAUAUGAAACCCAAUCAUUAUUUAGUUAUAUAUUCUACGAUUUGCAAUAAUAUGAUUAAAAAUAAAAAAUAUUAUAUUGAAUUAUUUUAUCAUAUGAAUAAGAUAGCUAUAUGUUAUAAUAAUGAACAAUUAUUUUCGAUACUUUAUUACAUGUAUAAAACAGGAUAUAGUAAACCAAAAAUAAGGAAAAAAAUAAGGAACCUUAUUUUGUUUCGUCAUAAAAAGAGGUUAAUACAUUUAAGUAUGUAUAUUAAAUAUAUCUUACCUCUUGACGAAUUUGGUAUAUAUCAUUUAUUACCAAUUAAAUAUCAGAAUAUUAUAUAUGACAAGCUAACAGUCGAUGUAAAAUCUUUAAUUCGUCCACCUUUGCAACACAUGGAG